AUGGUGAAAUUUUGUGGGCAUAUAUGGAUUGGUGGUGGUUGGGAUUUUCCUCCUAAAACUGAAGUACGUAAAAAGCAAUUAGAAAAAUUAAAACUUGAAAUUGAUAAACAACAAUUGAUUUUUACUAAACCAGUUUUAAAAUCCAAAGCAGCAACAAUUGCUUCAUUUCGAAUUAGUCAUGUUUUAGCUAAGAAUAAAAAAUCAUUUCAAACCGGUGAAAUAGUAAAACAAGCUUUUUUAGAAGGCACAGAUGCUUUAUUUGAAAACUUUAAAAAUAAAUCAGAAAUUUUUUUAGCUAUAAACGAUUUACAGUUAUCUCAUAAAACUGUGACAAGAAGAGUAGAAUCUAUAGGACAAAAUUUAGUUGAAUUAUUAAAACAAGACAUCAAAGAAUGUGUUUAUUUUUCACUUCAAUUCGAUGAAUCAACAGAGAUAACAGAUACCGCUCAACUAUCCAAUUCUAUACGUUCACGAAGCUUGCAAAGGCGACUUUUUACAAUUAGAAGAAAACGAUUCUCAGCAUUGUGA